UGGAAUGGCGGUAGGGGGAAGUCUGGCAACACCGUCCGUGCGACCGGAGAUCGCGCGAUCGCGGAUCGAGCCAGUUAGUCCUAGUCAAGCUGUCAUCCGCAACGGGGUGUGACGUAAGUCACUUGUUUUUGUAAUCGGUGAAGGUGGUUAGUGUUAGUGGGACCAGGGUGGUUCCUUGUGGCAACCUGUCGCGUGGUUCGGUGGUUGCGUAUUAGUGCCACUUCAACACCAUGGCACUAAACCAAGACGAGGCCAAACAAGUUGUACGGGUCGACCAGGAUUCUGAGACAGAUCUACAGGCUCUGUUCGACAGUGUGUUGAAACCGGAUUCGAAAAGACCGCUGCAAGUACCAUGGAGCAUGAGAAAGUUGCCAGAUUCUUUCUUUAAUCCUCCAUCUACGGGCUCAAAGUCUAUCAACCACUCUCGCGAGAACUCUGUCGAUUCAGCUUUUGGGGGUGGUAGUAGUACCGCGACUACCCCCGUUAAUUCCGUGCCCCUACAGACUGCGCACCACCGAGCUCAUAGCUCCCCGGCCUCAUUACAACAAACCUUCGCUGUCGGCCAGCAGCAAACCCCAGUGCACCAACAUAUUAAACAGAGGUCCUACGACGUGGCCACCAAGUCUGAGGACAACACUCCCCUGCCCCCAGGCUGGGAACAAGCCAGAACCCCAGAAGGACAGGUGUACUACUUGAAUCACACAACCCGUACGACCACGUGGGAGGACCCCAGGAAAUCUCUAGCUGCACAAGCAGCUGCCCAGCAACAUCAGAGUGCAGAACAACUGCUUACAAGUCACCAAUUGCCACACCCACAGUCACCAAACCCCAAUACUGCCAAAGCUACAGAUGUAGAUUUAGGGCCUUUGCCAGAAGGAUGGGAGCAAGCGCAGACUCCGGAAGGGGAAAUAUAUUUCAUAAACCAUCAAACACGCACUACGUCAUGGUUUGACCCCAGGAUUCCCACACAUCUACAACAAAGAUCUUCAGGAGGCGUGGUAGGAUCAACAUGGCAUGCCACUACACUUUCGUCAUCACCUGCUAAGCAACAACAGAUGAGGCUCCAGCAAUUGCAGAUGGAACGCGAAAGACUCAAGCAAAGACAACAAGAAAUCAGGAGACAGCAAGAGAUCAUGAUGAGAAGUACAAGUGACUUGCCAGUUAUUGAUCCGUUCCUGUCCAGUCUUACAGAUCACUCUCGUCAAGAGUCCGGAGACAGUGGGCUUGGUAUGGGAACUACAUACUCGAUACCUCACACUCCCGAAAAUUUUCUAUCCAACAUGGACGACAACAUGGACGUAGGUAGCGAGAGUCACACCAUGGAUACCCCGGAUAUCUCAACGUUGAGCGAUAACAUUGACUCAACAGAUGACUUAGUGCCUACGUUACAACUAGGAGAAGAAUUCCCGAUUCUAGAAGACGUACAAUCAUUGAUCAACCCACCGACCACCAGAGCUGAUAAUGUACUAAUUUGGUUGUAAUACAAGUGCCUCGAUGUUUUUCAAGUACUCACAUACUUUUCGUUGUUAAGGAUAUGGAAUAGAAGGUAUCGGUACUGUAAUAAAUUGUUUAAAUGGGUACGUAUGAAAUUGCAAAUUUUGCGGCUUUUGAGAUUUUUUUCAGUUCAAGUUUCACCAGUACCAGCAAUUUUUCCUUGACGGAAAUUAUGUAGAAGCAUUUUUAAAUUUUUCUGACGAAACUGACCUAAACAUCAACUUGUCAAGUGAUCACUAGCAGUCAUUUUGUUGAUAAAUAUCUACAGAACAAACGCACGUUUGUGUUUUUCAAUUUGAGAAUGUUUAUAGAUUUUCGUUUAAUUUUUCAAUAUCGAUCACGUACCUUAAUUCGAUAGAACUGGUAAGUGCAAAAAACUAUCACAGCAUAUUUGAGAGCUCAAACACUUCCGCAGUUAUACUUUCUAGUAUGCUAGGAGCAGCCCAAAUGAAUUUGGGAUCGAUGCAAGCUGUAUCUCGACGUCUUGCUGACUAAACGCCUAUAGCAUGCAAAAAUCUUUUUUUCUCAAAUUUAUGGGCUUCAUCUCGCAUUCUGAACUAACAAAGAUUUAGUCAAGAACCAACCUUUAUUCGAGCUUUUAGUAUUAUAAACGAACACAUUAUUUUGUUCCCAGUACUUUUUAUCGAUAGAGUUUUUGAUCCCAAAAUAUUUCUCGCGCUUUUGAUCUUUGGGCAUAGAGUGAAUGUGGCAGUGGUCGGACAGUUCAGACAAAAGUGGAAUACAAAGUGUAAUUACGAAUUUCGUGUUCAAGAUAACACAACUAAUGCUUUCGGAGGUCAUCAUAUAUGUUGUUGACUUUUCGUCACACAUUGCUUGUAGAUAUUCCUGUAAUUUUAUAAAAAAAUAUAAAUCAAAAAGGUGCCAUUUUUCCAGUACAUGAACAGAAGGUGCUAGUAGUCGGCCGGCUAGUUUCCAAUUGUCGGACAGCAUUUGAUUAGCCAGUUUUAGACAGAACCGUAUUUAAAAAUUUGUGUUAGUAGAAUAGAAAUUCCAAAUCAGUCGUCAUUUAGACGAGGAAAAGAAAUUAAACACACUCAUACUGAGUCUAUUUAAUAUAGAUAUUUUUAUCCAAAAUAAUACCUUUAGGUAAAAAUGAACAAGAAACCAAUUUUUUCCUUUAAUCCGGUCCGGCACUACCACACUGUUUACAUAUUUCAAGCAAUUUCGCAACAUUUCUCACAGCUUCGACUGUCUCCUUUAGUAUGCCUUCAUUAUAUAUUCAGAAUUUAUUUUUUUUCUUGGUAUCCAUUCCCGAAUGAAGUGGAAAUGUGAAAUUUUAUUUCACAGUAUCGUGAAAAAAUGGCGGGAAAAUGUAAGUGGCCGGCUAUUGGAAAUAAUUGCAGCCGCAUUUUGGUUUCUUUAAUUGCAAGAGAGAAGUUUGCUAGUUUCUAAGUUUAAAAAGAAAAAGAUUGAUUCAUAACGACCACGCCAUUCGGACACUUGUCCGACUAUUGGAUUUUGUCUAGUAUGAUGAUCCAGUCAGCGGCCACUCCAACUUGACUUCAAAAUAUUUAAAUAACAUAUUAAUAAUUGAUUUCGUCAAUUUUGAAUGUCUUCUGCAUUAUGUAACAAGAACAGUAUUUAUAUAUUGUCAGCUGACGAUUCUACUUGCCUUUAAAGUUUAUGUCACUCACUACAUAAAUUACAAAAAUUGAGGAAUCCAAGAGAGGCUGUUUUUGUCGCGCUAAUACUGUAAACUGUCCAAAUUAGUUGAUAAAUCUGAUACCAAUUACCAACAAGUAUAGGAUUUCAAAUAUUCAAGUAUUUUACCAAUAAUAUAACAUUUGUUCGACCACUGGUAGUGUCCGGGUUACUGCUACAUUCACCCUACUAGUGCUGUGUUGCCUAGUUAUGCUAUUGACACACGAAUUUUUCUGCUAUUUUUCAUGCACCUUAAUCUUAUCACAUUUCUGAUAACGUGGCGCGUGAUAUUUCGUCGGAAACGCAUUGAAGUCGGAAACCAGAGCCAAAACCGUUCAAGUCAGUAUCCAUUUAUACAACAAGUGACCCAUAUCUUGUAGGACAUAUCACAUUAGAAAUAAAGUAUAGAAAGUCGAAUUUGCCAACAAUGUACAGGGUGUAGCUCGUCAAAAAAUUUUGGGGUAAAGCGUGAUAAUCGUUCUCGACAAUGCGGACGAAAAUUUUAUACCGCGAGUAAACGGGCUCACGGCGACUAUGAAAUUGAUUAUAUGUAGAAUAAAUGAAAAUUUGACAGCGUGGAUGAUUUUCUCAUUUUUUCAAUCAGCCUGUUUUGGGCAGUCCUCUAAUCAAACCAAGUAUAUCUCUAUAACGCACAUGCCACCCUGUACAUUGAUAUUUUUUCAAGGAUAGAUCGCUCUUUCUAUUUUUUGCAAUGUGUUUCUAACAUACGCUUUAAAUGGCAAUAAAAGAAACAUUCAUAUCAUAGUCGACUAUCUAUUAAGGAUAAAGUUCUAGCAUUUGUAAUAUUGUAGUGUUACAGUUUAUGGGAACGUUAUUUUGCUGUUGGGUAUGUUUUUAUACAUAUAUAGAUUUUAAUGUAUUGUUUUAGUUGUUUGUGAGGAAAUAUUCGUUUCUGCAUUUUGGCAAGAAAAAUAUCGCAAUACAAACUGUACAAAUUGAAGAAAAUUGGUGCUACCAUAAAAAAUUGAAUCCGGAUAAUAACUGUAAAGGAACAACUGCCUGAUCAGGUAUAACUUGAUGCUAAACAAAGCAAAACUGCUCUUCUCCCACCAUUAUUGUCUGGCCAAUAAAAACACAUGUAUUGACACAAUCGUCUUUACUGUAAACAUUUCAUUCACAAAUAUGACAAUGUAUUUUAUCUGUCUUCCAGGUGACAGUCCAUUUGUUUUUCUUUUCAUCGUCGUAACAAUAAAAAUAUUCAUUGCGCAAUAGUCUCCCAAUUACAGGACAAUAAUACAUAAGCAUACCAGAAAACAAAAUCAAAUGAAAAAAACAAUUAAUAGAUUUAAAAUAUAAACAAUAAUUGAAUAACUGGAAAGUGCGAACGUACAACAGAUUACAGAAAAAAAAUAUAAGAUUUUUGACAUCACUCAAGCUCUAGAUAAAAAUAUAAGACAUUUUCGAUAAACAUAUGAAAGUUAAAAGCCAGACAUAUUAAGAGAAGAAUAGCCUAUUUAUGUGAUUGCUCUAUCCACAUACAAACGACCACAACACUAGAUAAAAUUGCGCUGGCGUCUAAUUUAUUAUGUAAAAGUUUAUAAUGGCUAUCGAAUUACAUUUUCGUCUCAGAUCCAGACUUUCUGAUUCAAAUCUAAAAGUAAGGUGCUCAUAAAGUAAAUUCCUAGGACGAUAAGUACCGUCAGUGUUACAAGCGAGCAGUUUUUCAAAAAGCGUCUAAAUUGCCAGUUUAUGUUUGAGGUAAGAUACGUUUGUGAUAAUGACAAGAAAAGACAAACGAACUGUCACCUGAAAGGCAGAUAAAUAAAAUAUAUUUUCAUUGUACUGUUUAUCGACAUGUAAGUCACGGGAAAGUUUCAGGCGUUACAUCAAUAGAAGCCUUAUAUAUUUUUUUUGUCUAGUUCGGCUAUUUGUGUAAGUGAUACUGAUCAGUUAGUUGUUUCUAAAUGCUUCGUAUGGUGGACUAAUUUCUAUUUGCUCAAAAUGUUGUCAACUUGAUAUCAACUUUAAGGAUUUUUUGAGCACUCUUAGAUUAAUUUUUCCUUAGUAUUGGUGAUAUCAAUUGAGUUGUCAGUCACACCGAUUUCUAUUGUGUAAACUAGGAAUUUGAGUGUGACGUGGACCUGGGGUCGAAGUAUCUUAUGCCAAUGAUUUUGGCCGCAAUAAUCAGUUAUUGGUGGAUUUUGGAAACCAAAACUUCAAAUUUUAAUUGUUACGUUUUUAGUAUUCUAAUUAAUAUAGGUUGAUGUAUUUUUGUAUUGUAGGUGAAUUUAUUUAAAUCUAUCAAAUAUUUAAUAGCAAUAACGGAACUAAUGAAUUGUGUAUCAUUUUUAAUACAUCGUGUAUAUUUGAUAAACAUAUUUACACAUUUGUAACUCCUAGUCUCAACCUCAAAAUCACCAUUUCUCUGAGAGGAACUCACGAGCUAUCACGUGGAACUCCGAUUAUGCAAACAACUGUAAAUACUAUUGUCACUUUAGGCACUCAUGCUUCUGCCAAUUAAUCAGUUUAGAUUUUAAUACGUGAGUUUGCGUGACAGCGCAUGAGUUCACGUGACGUGACAAUGAACGGUUUUUGAACUGAAAUGUCAGCUAAUAUUGCUUGAGGCUGCGGAUUUACUCGUUGCAUCAAAAGUUCAUUGUGUGAACAUUUUGAGAUGCAGAUAAUGGUAUUUUUUAUUUCUUGUUUUUGAUAACCCUGUGUUAUCACGAAACCAAGACGCUCAACAACACAUGAUGUGUAUCAUUUAUGUACAGGGUACGCCAAAUAUAAGGAUACUUCCAGGAGGUUUUUAUAAAAGGUUUUACACCUUAUAUCCAGAGGUCAUUUUAAAUGGUACAUACGCGUAUGAUUCGACGUUAUCUUUCAGGCUGUGGAUGUAAGAAUUUAUGACGAAAAUAUCCGGUGAGUUUUCAAUGUGCGAUCGGUCGAUAGCUCCGUUAUCAUAAAAAAUUCAAAAAAGUUGUUUACAAAAAUUGUACAAAAUGGUUCAUAACUACGUGGCCACACAAAUAUACAUUUUUUAAAAGUAAUGCCCUGGUUAUAGUUUGGUAUAGCACACUAUUCGUUUGGAUCGCUACUUUUGGAGCUAUGGCAUAUUGAACACUACAAUAUUCAGUUCUUUGCGGAUGCGUUAUACAAUAAUUUUAAUACUGACAAUAUAAUAAUUGCUGAGGCUCACGUUAAUGAAGACUUGACAUCCAUCGACCAGUAUGCAAAAAUUCAUAAUCUUAAUAGAUUAAAUCUUUUCAUCUGAAAUGGAUAUAUUAAAAUAUAGAGGGUAUUCCAUAGUAUAAAUGACCCGGUAGAAAGCAGCAUAUUUUCCAAGCCUGUAGUUGCCUACUGUUUUUUUAAAUAACUUUUUUUAGAUAUCUUUAAAAAUAAGGAGCUACCCACUGAACACAGUAAUAGCUCACCCGUUAUACAGCAAUAACAGCAUUUUCAACUAAUCGCAGCAGAACAGUUGUGUUGAAUCGAAACACUAUGAUGCAGAUGCGAUCCUGUUUGAACCUAGCAUGAUACAUUAAAGUCCUUGACUCCUAAAAUGUCUAAUUUUUGCUCAAACAUAUAAAUAGCAUUUUUGUGUAAAUUUCAGGGCGACGCAAAAUGAAUCAGCAAGUCACAUAACAUUUAUGUGUCUUGUGAUUUUAGUGUACUAAUUUGGAAUAACCUUUUUAAAAACCCUUCUGUGAGACGGUACUAAAUUUAUACGUUUGGCGUUCUCUGUGAACAUACAAAAGAACAAAUCCCUCCAUUUGGUGCCUUUUUAAUACUUGUACAUAUAUCGACAAUCAUUUGUAAGUUUAUUGUGUAAUCUUUAUAAUAUGAUGUUUUAUUAGUAGCAAGUGCCUUUUCAGAGGCAUAAGUUUAUUCUGUAAUCGUUAACAUAGUAGCUCAGUUAAAGUAUACUCUAUGCCUUUCACAAACUUAAAAUUUAACUGAUAAGUCACUGACGCGUUGGAAAGAAUCUUGAGGGUAUCACAACUUUUCGUUUGCAAAUUGUGAUACUUAAAUCUUUUGUAGAUUUAAUUGAAAACCUUGCACAUUUGUGUACUGAGUCUGAUUUAAGAGAUAACAUGUUACCCAUGUCAGGCUGAAAAGAUACAUUGGUGUGUCAUCAAUCAUUUUUUGGCAGAUCUUAAUAACAAUUCCUCUACAUAGAAUGUGAACGUUGAAAAUUGAAUUCAGUAUGGAAAAUACAUUUCAUGGGAUUAAGACGUUUAAUUUUCAGUACUUAACUGCCACUUGUAACUGAAAUAAUGCCUACAUUGCAGAGUGAACUACUUGUCCACCGUAUUUUACAUAGUAUUUAUUGUAAUUUGCUGAAAUUACUAUGUUUUUUAACUGUAUUUUAUAUAUUCAUUUUACAUAUUUUUUUCAUUUAAAACUCUAUGGAAUAUUCUUUAGUUUUUUAUUGUCUCCAAUUUCUUUCAGUUUGAUUUUUUCAAUAAUAUGUUGUCAACUUUAAAUAAUUUCACAAGUGAAUCUUAUUUUGUUAUACCCUAAAAUGUUUCUGCUACCUACGUAAUAUAUGUGCAAUACUGACAUUUUUUCAUUUCACGUAUUUCUUUUUAGUUUUAUAUCAGAUGAUUAACUGCUAAUCUAGUUAUAGCCAUGUAAAUAUUGUCUGUUUCAGUUUAAGUUGAAAAGUGUAUUUUAAUAUUGUAUUACAUAUUUUUUUGUAACCAUAGUAAUUUUGUAUGUUUUCCAAUAAAUACAAUGAUUGGUGA